UGGUGUGUAGAUCAAUAAAAAAUUCUCAACUCCAGAGAGGGAAGAAUAAUUCCAGCAUCCUGCCCCCCACAUUCUACCGCACACUAGUUUCCUUCGCAUUCCAAAUCAACGGAAAUACUGACGCCAAUUGUUCCGGGAAUUAAUUCCCUGAAUCAUCUCCGUCGAGGGUAUUAUUUUCAUUCGGACAUGUGGGGUCCAUAUUCUCAUAUAUUAACCCCCCCCGUUUCCCUCCCCCUCGCAAUCAGCUGAUACCCCGACACCGCGCCAAACUGUCUCCCAGGAGGUGUCACGAGGUCUCGAUUUUAUUUUAGCAACAUCACGUGACAUCUCGAGGAUUUUCGCAGUUGAAUUGUCAUGUCCCCGAUUAUUCUAUUGUCAAAUCUCGAAUUAUCUCAAACAGUUCGUCCCACAUUAACUGAAUAUUAAAUCUUCAAAUCAAUCUAGAAGGAAUCCCUCAGUUAUCGAAACAGUGAAAAAUAAAAAAUCUCAUUAAUGGAGGAAUAAUUGAUUCAUGAGAUUAACAGAAUGAAAUAAUUAAAAAUAAAAUGCUAAUAAUUAUUGGAAAUGAGUUUUGAGUGAUUCUGAUUAAGCCCUGAUGAUUCCCUGGAGAUGAUUCAAUUGGAUUGAACUUAAUGAGUAAAUACUCUCAACCGUUGUGAUAAGAUCUAAUCAUUCGGUUGUUAGCGUUUUUCAUCCCGUCCUCGAGUGACGACGUCAUGGUUUCCUGGUAACGUGUUUAUGUCGAUCUAGUGCAAUGGAACACUGUACAGGUCAUAGCUAGUGCAGGGCACACGCAAAGAGGAUGUAAAACCAUGAAGGAGUUGUGCAACUAGAGCUGGAGGAAUGAGAAGAUCGACAGUUAAAGUAAAUCCACCGGAAAUUGGAGUUAAAGUGAAAAAGAAUUUCCAUAAUGUUUUGUGAUAUCAUCUGCAUUAGAUUAAACUCACGGGCUAAAUAAUUUGAAUUCAAGGUGAUUGAACAAUUUUUCAAUGUCCAUGUGCGAUGAAUCAUGGGGAUUCAGUCACUUUGAGCACGAGAAGGCCAACAAACUUCCUGGAUCCUGGAAACUAUCCAAUAAACACCUGAUUGCAGGAUAAAUAAUCAAUUAAUUCAAUGAAAGAAUCUACUGUGAUACUGUGACAAUAAAUAUCACUGGUAUGACCAGGGAUCAAUGUGAAAUAAGUGAAAUAAUUUUUUAACGCAAAUAGCACCGGCUAUCCUUGAGUGGAAAAUAAUGAGGACCCGUCAUUCAACACCUAGUGCCGUUUAUCUCGAGAUAAACAUAUGUUUUGAAAUUGACUUUGGAGUGUGUGAUGUAAGAAACCUGUCGGAGUACUUCAGGAAUAAGAAAAAAGUGAUUCUUCCUUGAGGGAUAAUAAACAGUGGAAUAAGAGUGAAGUGAUAGCCAUUUUUUUGGAUUUAUUUUGUUCUUGAAUCAUUGAAAUGACUGUGACGUAUACUGCGGAGGUUGCCACUUGUCGGGGAUUGGGGUGCUUCUUCAAACUUCUUCUGAGGUGGAGAGCGAGUGUUUAUAAACUAGUCUGGCUGGAUCUCGCCCUAUUUUUAUUCAUUUACUACAGCCUUUCGGCGCUCUAUCGAUUCAUUCUUGAUAAAGAACAGCAGAAGACCUUCGAGGCUGUUGUUGCGUACUGCAAUGAGUACAGUGAUCUUAUCCCAUUGUCAUUUGUACUCGGAUUUUAUGUCAGUAUUGUUAUGACCCGGUGGUGGAACCAGUACACUGCCAUUCCGUGGCCUGAUUCCAUCGCUGUUUUCGUAUCGGCAACUAUUCAUGGGAAUGAUGAAAGAGGAAGACUAAUGAGACGAACAAUUGUCAGGUACGUCUGCGUUUGUUUGACUCUAGUACUGGCGAACGUAUCACCACGUGUGAAAAAACGUUUUCCAACUCUCGAUCACUUCGUGGACGCUGGCCUCCUCCUGGAGAACGAGCUCGCGAUAUUUCAGAGUCUCAAUUCAAAAUUUCCAAAACCGAGUAAACACUGGCUGCCAAUUGUCUGGGCAUCGAGUAUUGUCACCAGGGCUCGAAAAGAGGGAAGAAUUCGUGAUGAUUUUGCGGUGAAGACUCUGAUAGAUGAGCUGAAUAAAUUCAGAGGCAAUUGUGGGAGUUUAAUUCAUUACGAUACAAUAUCUGUUCCUCUGGUUUACACUCAAGUCGUAACACUUGCUGUUUACACUUAUUUUUUGACGAGUGUCAUGGGGAGACAGUGGGUUCACACUUCUAAAGUUGGUGCCAACAUUGACAUCUAUUUCCCAGUCUUCACGACUCUCCAGUUCUUCUUUUAUAUGGGAUGGCUCAAAGUCGCUGAGACUCUCAUCAAUCCUUUCGGAGAGGAUGACGAUGAUUUCGAAGUGAAUUGGAUUGUCGAUAGAAAUCUUCAGGUGUCGUAUCUAAUAGUCGACGAGAUGCAUCAUGAUCACCCUGAGCUAAUCCGUGACCAGUACUGGGACGAGAUAUUCCCGGUAGAACUGCCAUACACAGCAGCAGCUCAAGCCUUCAGAGAGGAGCAUCCAGUGGCAUCAACUGCUGGAAUUCAGCUGUCAGCGGCGCAGCAGGAGUUGCAGCCAUCGUCAGUGAGAAUCGACGAGAUGAAUCCAGAGUCAUAUCCAGGUAUGAAAUUUCGGGGUGAUAUAGCUGAGGACGCAGCCUCGGGGAUUCACUUCAUGGCAGGUGGAAAGAUAUCGAGGAGUGCGAGCAGAGUUAGUAACAGGGAUAGGCCAUUCACGGGUGGCUCAACCCCCAGCAACCUGGGGGGUUCAUUGACACGAGUAAACAGCGUCACAAGUGUCCUCAAGAGGCUCUUCAGCAAGGAGGACAGGCCCGACGGUGGUAGCAAAACACCAGGAAAACUCGCCAACUCCAGUUCAUCGGCUUCACUUCAAAAUCGCCAGGGGACUAAUGCCGGUGGCUCCAUGAGGAUUGGAGUAAUCGAAGAGGUCGACGAGCAGAUGACUGUUAAUUCAAUGCGCCCUGAACACCGUCCCCACGUUCAGACUAUAUUUCCAACCAAUGGUGCACCAACACCUACUGCUCCAAUGGAUGUCCCUAGUAAACCGAGGAAUGGGGAUUUGUACUCAGCCAGUGCACCAGCUGGACCAUUCGGUGGUGGAAAGUAUCAGACGAGAGCACAGGUGUCCUCUGAUUCAGCAAGGCUCAGUGAGGCCUUUGAUUUUGGUGAUGACAAUGUCAGCAUCAGGUCAUCGGAGACGUCGACCAGCUCUGAUGAUGAGUUUACCAGGUUGAAGCUUGAGAGAGACAGGCAGAGGAGGGAUAGGGCCAUGAGAAAACUCGCGAGGAGUGUCAGCGGUACUCAGCAGGAUCCUCCGUCUUCCAUGGAUCUCGAUGAGACUCUGCUCUUGACGGAGCUUGGUGAGGCCUCCAGGGCCUCUCUCAGACCCGCUGACAGGUCCAAGGACAAUGAGACGGACAAUAUUUAGGGGCGUCGACGACACUUCGAGGAUUUUUUUUUUGUUUAAUUUUAAAAGAUUUCAGAAGGACAUUUACUGUUUUAGAUAUUAAUUCAUUGUUUUAUUUUUUUCAAUCAGUCUUUGAAGAAUGACAUAUUUUUCUUUGAUGAAUCGUUUUUAUAAGAUGACAAUUUUCGUAAUAGAAAUUUUAUCAUUGUUUUCCGAAAAAAAUUUAUUUAUGCCCUCGAAGUGGAGUCGAUGCACCUCGUGCCACCGUUUGGCCAUUGACCGUAUUGAUUUGUCCAUGCCGCACUUCAUUUGUAAUUCAAAAAUGGGAGCAAGUGUUGAAUGCAAAGUGAUUUUGUGAGGUGAUGUGAACUGAGUGACUUGAUUAUUAAAAUAGCGAAGUGAUAUCUAGAACGAUUAAUUAAUCGCGUUUUCUAUCGGUUUUUUAAGGAGACGUUUUAAUAUUAGACAAAUGUCUGAGGCUACCCAGUUCUUGAUCGGGAAAUCGAGUAUUGAUUGGGUAAAGGCACUAAUAGCGGGAAAUUGUUACGUACUUAUUAGAGGAAAUUCACAUGAGAUUCGUCGAUUCUCGUACUUUUAUCAUUGUUUCGAGAUCAAUGUGCACUUUUUGCCACUUCCAUCACUGUUAAUCGAAGCUCAAGGCCUUUUGUCACAUAUUUUUUACCGCUUAUAUCGUGUAAAUAGACCAAUUGUUGAGCUCUGGCUUUGAAAGCGAACAAAUAAGACAAAUGUCAAUUUUUCUACUCGUUUUUAUCGCGCUUUCCACUGCUCCUCUGCUCUCGAUGAUCAUUAGACGAGUUAUCCUGGAGAAUUUCAGUCAAUUGACGGGUGGAUAAAUUUUUUAAGGCACUUUUGUUGAUUAAUUAUCAUAUUAGGAUAGAAAAUUCACGCGUUUAAAAGCUUGGAAGAAAUACCUGACGUUUUCUUUGAGAAUAUCGUAUUAGGAUUCUGUGGAGAAAUUCUAUCUCAAUUUCAUGAAGAAUCAGCUAAAAUUAUUAUGUAGAAAUUAUUUCAUGAAAUUAUCCGAUAAGUUUAAAUGCAAGGUCAACGAAAAUUUAAAGGUUUUCGAAGGGAAACAAUGGGUUUUUCUAUUGGAUUUUUUGUACGCGGUAAUAUAGUAUUACAAUCAUAAAAAAAUAGGUAAAUAUAUGACGUGACAUUCCAAAGUGAAUGGUAAGUUCAUAUGGUGCUACCCGAGGAACUAUUGUGACUGAGACACAAUUGUUUUUAACAGUAUUACAGUUGAAAUAAAUGUAAUUCAACUUUU